AUGGACUUUGGCUACACCAUGAAAGCUUUGAGAAGCAAGAAGAAGGUUGAUACAAAGCCAAAGACUCAUACGGACUUUGACUACACCAUGAAAGCUUUGAGAAGCAAGAAGAAGGUUAACACAAAGGCAAAGACUCAUAUGGACUUUGGCUACACCGUGAAAGCUUUGAGAAGCAACAAGAAGGUUGACACAAAGCCAAAGACUCAUAUAGACUUUGGCUACACCAUGAAAGCUUUCAGAAAGGUUGACACAAAGCCAAAGACUCAUAUGGACUUUGCCUACACCAUGAAAGCUUUAAAAAGAAAGAAGAAUGUUGAUACAAAGCCAAAGACUCAUACGGACUUUGACUACACCAUGAAAGCUUUGAGAAGCAAGAAGAAGUUUGAACUUAAACCGCAACUGGAUCUUAAAGGCGUAAGAAUUGUAUCCUUGUUAGAAGACACAAAGCCAAAGACUCAUAUGGAAUUUGGCUACACCAUGAAAGCUUUGAGAAGCAAGAAGAAGGUUGAUACAAAGCCAAAGAUUCAUACGGAUUUUGACUACACCAUGAAAGCCUUGAGAAGCAAGAAGAAGGUUGACACAAAGCCAAAGACUCAUAUGGACUUUGGCUACACCAUGAAAGCUUUGAGAAGCAAGAAGAAGGUUGGCUUAGUGUUUUGGAGUGAAUAUGACUUGAUGUCAUACACAAAGCCAAAGACUCAUAUGGACUUUGGUUACACCAUGAAAGCUUUGAGAAGCAAGAAGAAGGUUGAACUUAAACCGCAACCGGAUCUUAAAGGCGUAAGAAUUGAAUCCUUAUUAGAAGACACAAAGCCAAAGACUCAUAUCGACUUUGGCUACACCAUGAAAGCUUUGAGAAGCAAGAAGAAGGUUGACACAAAGCCUAAGACUCAUAUGGACUUUGGCUACAACAUGAAAGCUUUGAGAAGCAAGAAGAAGGUUGAUACAAAGCCAAAGACUCAUAAGGACUUUGACUACACCAUGAAAGCUUUGAGAAGCAACAAGAAGGUUAACACAAAGCCGAAGACUCAUAUGGACUUUGGCUACACCGUGGAAGCUUUGAGAAGCAACAAGAAGGUUGACACAAAGCCAAAGACUCAUAUGGACUUUGGUUACACCAUGAAAGCUUUGAGAAGCAAGAAGAAGGUUGACACAAAGCCAAAGACUCAUAUAGACUUUGGCCACACCAUGAAAGCUUUGAGAAGCAAGAAGAAGGUUGGUUACAUAUUUGGAGUCGAAUAG